UCUCAACCUUAUCGGUACACCACUCAGUUCUGUUCUAAUUCUAACACCAAUUCUUUCCAAAAAUGGUUGCUUUCAAUUUAGCAAACACUUUACUCACCAUCAUUCUGUCCGGAAUCCUCCUCGGAUCUCUGCCGGAAUCAGUGGUGGGUCAGAACUGCGGUUGCGCCGCAGACCAAUGCUGUAGUCGGUAUGGCUACUGUGGCACUGGCAAUGACUAUUGCGGCACAGGUUGCCAAGAGGGGCCUUGCUAUGUCAGUCCUAGUAGUGGCGUCGUGGUUGCUGAUGUUGUGACGGACCCGUUCUUUAAUGCCAUCAUCGACGUAGCCGCUGCGAAUUGCGUCGGAAAGAACUUCUACACCAGAGCUGCAUUUCUUGAAGCUGCCAAUUCUUACUCUCAAUUUGGCACCACUGGUUCUGUUGAUGAUUCCAAGCGUGAGAUCGCAGCUUUCUUUGCACAUGUGACACAUGAAACUGGACAUUUUUGCUAUACUGAAGAGAUUGAUGGUCCCUCUAAGGACUACUGCGACGAAGACAAUACAGAGUAUCCAUGUGUAACAGGCAAGGGUUAUUAUGGCCGAGGUCCUAUUCAGCUAUCAUGGAACUUUAAUUAUGGUCCAGCCGGAAAAGCUAUCGGAUUUGAUGGACUAAACAACCCUGACAUUGUGGCUUCAGACGUACUUGUGUCAUUCAAGACGGCCUUAUGGUAUUGGAUGACCUUUGUUCACCCUGUCAUCGGAGAAGGGUUCGGGGCAACCAUCCGUGCCAUCAAUGGUGCUCUUGAAUGUGAUGGUGGAAACCCUGACACUGUUAACGCUCGUGUAGGGUAUUAUACAGACUACUGCAAUGAACUUGGUGUCGCGCCUGGUGAUAAUCUGCGCUGCUAAUUCACAUAUUAAAGUUCUUCUAAUACAAUUUUUCUUUGGGUACACGACAGGGAAGAAUAUAAAGAGUGGUCUGCACUUUGUUUAGGUUCUUAUUGAUACUUUCCUGUAUUUUGGACUAAUAUACUCUUUUAACUACUUGUUUUGAUUUAUGAACUAGAAGGGAUCCAAAUAAAUGAUAGGAAUAAAAAUGUAUCAUUUGGUUGAUGUUAUAUGUUAUAUGAUAAGCUUGAGAAUGUAAAAUAUAUUUUUAUGUAA